AGAGGGGGGACGCGGAUACUUCCGGGUUAGUGACACUUCCGGGUGGCUGUGAUGGCUCCGGACCCCUGGCUGUCGCAGUACGACGCCGCCUGCCAGCUGGCCCAAGAGGUGGCCGAGCGGAUCCAGGAGCGCAGCCGGCACCGGCGCAACGGGGAGAGCUCGGCUAAGCUCAAUGUGAUUAUCAGAUCGUCACUGCAGAAUCUCAAGGAGAAGAUUGAUCAGCUGAAGGACUCCCUGCUCCGGGCUGUGUCAACGCACCAGAUCACUCGGCUGGAGGGAGACAGGAGGCAGAACUUAGUGGAUGACCUUCUCACACGGCAGAAGCAACUUCAGGCAUCUUACAAGAACGAAGGCACAGAACCAGACGUGAUCAGAUCCAGCCUAAUGGCAGGAGGUGUCAAACGAGGAGUGACCAACCCGUGGCUCCUGGAGGAGUCUGAGGAAACCAGGGGGCUUGGCUUCGAUGAAAUCAGACAGCAGCAGCGGAGGAUCAUAGAAGAGCAAGAUGCCGGACUUGAUGCUCUUUCUUCAAUCAUAUCACGGCAAAAGCAAAUGGGACAGGAGAUUGGGAAUGAACUGGACGAGCAGAACGAGAUUAUCGAUGACCUCACGAAUCUGGUGGAGAACACGGACAGCAGACUUCGCACUCAGACACGGCACGUGAAGAUGGUGGACAGAAAGUCAACGUCCUGCGCGUCUGCCGGGCAUUGAGAUGGGAUCUGAGGGCCUACAUAUUGCUGAGAUUUCCGAAAUUCAUCUGCAGCUUUCACCAAACCAUACACACAAGUCAUCCAUCAGAUGCUGGGCUGCCUUCUCCAGGCCUGGCUGUGCCAUUCGGGCACGGCUGUUUUGCCAGCGGCUCUUUGGGGUUUGUCUGCCUGUCCCCGUGUUCUCCCAGUUCAUGUACCUUUGGGGGUUUGUUGUGCAGAACAACACUCGUUAAUCAUUUCUCAAUAACCUCUUUUAUUAGAAGCCUCCAACCCUCAGGAUGUCCUCUGAAGAACUGCAUUGAAAAAUAAACAAAUACAAAUAUAAUAACAAACAACUGGGAGUGGGAUUCCAAUUAAGGUGCUGGGGGAAAAACAAACGUGCCCCAUACGAACCCAAUGACGUGGCACACGGCGUUGUCCCUUCACAAUGCAAUCCACUCAUAUCCCUCCGUAGUUCUGGUUUGUUCUUGGUAGAGGUAGCCCAGCUGUGAUCUCAUCCAUUCCUGUUCCUAGGAGGAAAAAAUGUGUGGAAAGGAAAUGUGUGGAGAGGAAAAGGACCGCCCCGACUGCUGCUGUCAGUGCUCCCAGCCCCGGGCUGCAUCCUGUGCAGUGUUGAGCCUCCCUUGGCUCCAGCAUCAGCUCCCACCUGCAGCGUGGUACCUCAGCACUACCCAUAUCUGUACACAGCACACAGUUUACAGCUCCCAUCCAUCCCCUUUUCCCCUGCUCCACCAGAUGGCAAUGCAAUCCAGCUGCCUCCUGCUCCCCGUGCCCCCAUCCCACAUCUCCUGCAGUGCCGUGGCAGUGCCUGGCCCUGACCUUAUCCCACAUCACCCCAAUACCUGAGUGAACUCAGUGCGAGUUCUCAGGAGGUCUCAUAGUUUGAAAGCAGGGUAUCCGGACCGUACAGGGUUUCCUCUAGAGAACAGUGAUUCAUGCAUGCCAGGCCUCUCCUGCCGCCCUGUUUUAAUGACUGCUUUUUGCCAUGGGUUUAAUUUGCAGUCAGGGCUGUGGAAGCAGUCGCUGGGGUUUGUUCCCCUGACACACACUGUGUGCUCACAGGAACAAGUGCUGUCCUUUCUUUGGAGCAGUGCAGUCAUGAGGUCAGCCUUUCCUGCCUGCUGCUUUCUGGGAUUCCUCCCCUCUGUAUUUGCUCAGAGCCUCCUGGAUGGGACAAACCCCUGCCCUGGCAGCUCUAUUUUCCUGCUUUAUAUUUUCCCCCUUUCUUCAUUUUCUCCCGUAAAGCACUGAUGUGUUGACAAGCUUGUUCUGGGCUGUUGCUGCUGUGAGAAAACUUUGCAAAGGAGUGAUUUCUUCCUCUCCCAUAGCUCCUAUUUGCUCCAUGUGAUAACACAGCCUGGAGAAGGGCUGUGCCAGCAGCAUGCUGUGUGUGCUGUGGGGGGACAUGCUGCUGUGCUCCCCCUCACCCCGCUGUGCCCACAGCUGAGCAGGGCUGACAUUAGCAGGAGGUGGAGGUCACAGAGAUAGGCUCUUCCUCCAGGUCCACCUGGCCAUGUCUCCUCGUUAGCAGAGAGACCCAAUUAAGGGUUCCAAUGAGGAGGAGAACGCAGGGGAGCUGUGUUCAUUAGACGUCGAGGAAACCUCAAAGCAGAUGAGCUUAGGGAUAUGGCAGAAGUGGGGCUCGUUAAUUAUGUUAAUAGGGCAGCUUUUGAAACAGGCCUGGCGUUUUUGGUGCUGAGCUAUUCUGAGACUCCUGUUUGCUGUCUUACCAUCUUGUUUUCCCAAAAGAUGUACGGCCUCUUCCUCCUUCAGUAGCUCAGAGGCCCAGAGGAGCCACGUCCUCAUGCGUUCAGUGUCGUUCAUUGAAGCAUUCGGCUUAAAUCUGCUCGUGUUGAGACGUUGAGGUCGAUCAGCUGAUUGGAGGUGCUGGAUCUAAACACACAACAACAGCCUUAGAGCAACACCAGGGGCUGGAGCUGCUGCCCUGCUGCCCAGGUGAGGGGCUCAGCACUCCCUGCUGCUGUAACUGCAUUGAGCACUGAAGGAUGGGAGAAGCCUUCUGGGUCAUAGCAUCACUUCAAGAUAGAUUUCCCAGAACAAGCUCGUUUCUUCCCCCCCAUUACUCCUAUUGGGAACUCACUGUGGUCAUAAACUUAUCCGCAGCCUAAACUUGUCAGGGCUACUUCAUUUAGCCCUCGUGCAGCCCUUGUUCUGCUGUGCCUUGAAUAGUCCUUUCCUCUUUUUUAUAUUACUCCCCCAGAUGUGUGUGUAAAGAUCACUCAGCGUUUCCCCUUUGCUUUGUUUCUGGGGCUGGACAAGCAUCAUUACAUUUAAAUCUACUAAAAUAACCUCUGUUCUGACAAGCCCUUCUUUUGUGCUUCUUCCUACUUGAAUUUUUACCUCUCUUACACUAUGCCCGACGUGUCCCAGCAGCGCUCUGGUUGUGCUGGAGAUCUCCCUGCACCUUUCUCAUUCAUAAGCAUUUUCCACCUGAGUUCACUGUCAUUCCAGCUCAUGACAAAACAUAGGUGGUUGUCUGACAUGUGUGCCUUCCCCUCCUGUCCUGUCAGGUUCAGCUUUCUCUAUUUAUCUUCAUAGUCACCCAUUUUUGGUCUCCCAGCUCUCCUCCGUACCGACGGCUCUUUCCAGCUUUGUGUCAUCAACACGUUUCAUUAGCACACUUACUUUCUGUGCCAAGGUCAUUAAUAAAACCAUUUAAUAAGAUCAGCCUCCGGUCCGUUCCUCGAGGAGCUCAGCCAGUGACCUCCAUCCAUCCCAAUCCCUCUUUCAACGCCGCUUUGCCUUUCACCACUUCCUGCCCUUACAGUUCUGCUAAUCCCUGCUUUUUUUCAUGUCAUCAUUUCCCACAUGGCUCUGCAUCACACCCUCAGCCAAAGUCUGCAUGGAUAGGAUCCAUCACACUUCCUUUGUCUAGAAAAUUCAUUAUCUUACCGCCCUAACCUGAUUAGCUCUGUUUGAUCUGAUUUCCCUUCUGAACAUUCCCAUUGUUUUCUACCCUGUUUACCAUUUAGCUUCAUGCUCUAAUUAGUCUUUCUGCAGUUUGCUCUGCAGCCCUCAUCCUGCUGGGGUUAAUCAAGGAGGCUCUAAAUGCUCGCAUCACUUUUUCUCUUCUUCCACGGUGCCAGAUCUGCUCUGCUCCCCACUGCUGGGCAGGCACCCUGGUUUGGGUGCAGCAGGAGCCACUGCUUUCCAUGCUGCUCUGCGUUGGGAUUUGUACGUACAUAGGUUUGGAGGUGCUCACUUGGAAUGGAGUGACUUGAAGCAUCAUUCCUCCUGGCCUCACCAACCACCUGGUUCCCUGUGACAUCCAGCCCAGCUCAACAUGCUGAAAAUACAGCAGUGUCAUCUCAAUGCUCAGACCCCGUUAAUACCCCCAAAUCAUCUGCUCUUUGGGAGCUGAUCCCCGCGUGUAAGACACCAUAAAGAUGGGAGAGGAAGCAAGAGGGUGGCACUUCUGGGGCUCAUUUGCAGCACACAAAUCAGGCACAGGUUCAAGCCUGAAGCUGGGAGGUAGCAACCAGUUUGAAUGCCCCCCCAUUGGGAAGCACCUAAUGUGCCAGAGAGGGAGAAAAGGGGGGGGGGGGCAUGAAGAGGAGAGCCAACAGCAGCAGACAUCUUCUUAAUUACAUUUGCAUAUGCAGCUGUUCAAACAGCUCCAACUUCAUCAGUGCUUGUUCAUACCUAUCAGGAGAUUUAGAGCAGCUGCUGUCAGCCCAUGUAGCAAUAUUGCACCAGGCUGGUGGUGAAAUGAGCCCCUGGGCAGGCUGUGUGCCCGGGCUGUCCAUCACACCAAAAGGCCUAGCAAUUAGUUGUGUUUGAGUAUGGAGAGUAAAAAAAAACCAACCCUAAGAAUUGUGUGAAAUAUCCCAGGGCGACUGCUUUACAGCGAGGUUUCCAAGGAUACAUGUUGCAGAAUUAAAUCAUAAAUUUGUAUUUCUGAAAACGGUGCUGAAAUGUGAUAAUUUGUACAGCUAAACUCGCCUCCUCCUGCCUGUUCCAUCCCAGCUACACUCAGCGACUGAUAAUUGCAAUGUCUGAAAUGGGGAUGGAAUACAGCGGAGUUCUGGGUUGGGGACUUUGUGCUGCCAUAAAGCAAAACUGGGGGGACCCACAUGUGCAGCUGUACCCAGAGCACCAGGCAGGGAGCGGGGCUGCAUCUGGAGCACAGCACUGCCUGCCCCAGGCAUUGGUGGCACACAACAAUACAAAGGAUGUGGUCAGUGGAGUAAUGGGCCUGCGAGGGGCAGAGCGGUUAUGUUGUCUCUUUAGGGCUUUCUGAGAUGCAUAGAGGAUGUUGGUGCCAUCAGAAGUGGGGUAUAUAAAUCAAGAGGAGUAUAUAAAUCCAGAAGAGUGUUAGUUAAAGCAUGUUGCACAUCUGGGCUGGGUGGUUUGGGAAGGCACGGGGAGCUGUGCACAGGGCUGUAUGCAUGGAGGGGUCAGAGCCCCCUUGAAUGCUGUAUUCAAGUGCAGGUUUUGCAGAUUGCAGUCCAUGGCUUGGACACCAAUCUGACACAGCUGGAAGGUGGGACUGAGCUGAAUGGAACCUUCAAGGCAGUGUUUGUAUAGUUGCUGAGAGGCCACUGAGGGCCAGCAGCAGCCCAAGGCUGCAGGCAUGCUUUGCACCCUGUGAUGAACAUGGUGCUGCUGGGUGUCCCCCUGCCCUGCAGCGAUGGGCACAGC